UGCGGUCACACUAAUAGCUAUAGUAAACAAAAAUUCAUUUUACGGCGCUAAAAAAUAAUAUAGUUUAUAACCAUUUAUUUACAAUGGCGUGGUCCUAAUUCUAAAACAAAAAACCAACCCAGCUGACGGGAAUUGGAAUAAUUAAACUGGAUAAUUUGGGCACAAGAAGCUGGAGAAUGAAAGACGGCGGCUGCAUGUGGAGAAAGGAAAAGUUGCGUUUCAUUGAUUUUUCGCUGCGACGCCAAAAGUUGCUACUUAAAAAAAGUUGAAUUGGUGCGGUAACAAGUGCUGGAAUUUUUAACACAAUGAGUGGCGACGAAAGUAGCGAGGAGAAGCACAUCCUGAAUUUAAGCAAGCAGAAGCUGAAGAAGGUGCCCAAACAGGAUGAUGCUCACAACAUACGUCAGCUUAUCCUGGAUGAGAACGAACUGCAGAAGAUUGACAACAUAGACUCGUACCUCAAGAUAGAAACGCUCUCCCUGGCCCGAAAUCAAUUACUGCGGAUGUAUGGCGUUUGCCGGCUGCACUGCCUCCGUGAACUGAACCUCUCCUUCAAUGGCAUCCUAUCGAUUGAAGGCCUUAAAGAGUGCAUUCAUUUGCGAAUACUGAACCUGGAGGGGAAUAACAUCAAGACCAUCGAGCAUCUUAACACGAACGUCAAUCUGGAAUGCCUGAAUCUGGCGGACAACAGUAUUGGCAGCAUCUCGGAUGUGUCGUAUUUGCGGAAUCUCAAGGAGCUCUAUUUGCAUGGAAAUCGUCUGACGCAUUUACGGCAAUGCGAUAAAUAUUUGCCCAUCCUGGAGACCCUAACGCUGGCCAAGAAUGGAAUAACCGAUCUGAAUGAGAUCUGUACGCUGUCGCAUUUGUGCAAUCUGAUGAGCAUUUCGAUAUCGGAUAAUCCCUGUGUCCACAUGACCAAUAGCAUGGAGGGCUUUGACUAUCGACCCUUUGUUUUAAACUGGUGCAUGAACCUCAAGUACAUCGAUGGCUAUGUGGCCCCCAUCGAAGGCCUCAAGGCCGAGUGGCUGUAUAGCCAGGGACGCGGACGUCAGUUUCGCGUGGGCGAGCAGAUAAGCUUGGCCAAAUACCUAAGCUCCAACUGCCCGUUGGUGGGUGAGGCCUUGGAGAAUGAGAACGAUCGAAAGCUGCGCUUGAUCCUGAGCAAGGCUCAACACCAUCAACGGCAGCUGCAGGAGGAGAUUAUGGAUAAUGCCAAUAGCUCGGCCAGUACCUCGCCCUCAUCCCAUCGCAAAAAGCCCACGAGUCGGAUACAGUCGCCGAGAUUUUCCCGUUUGAGUGGACGCCAGGGAUCGCCCGAAUCCAUGGCGAAUAGCUAUCAUGGGAACAGCAGCUGUAACAACAGCCUUGUCAGCGACAAUGGAUCGGCGAAUAAUUCCCUACAGAUGAGCAUCUCGCUUAUAGAAAAUAUUAAAAACGAUGGUGAUGGCUACUCGCUGGCAGGCAGCGGUAUGUCAAGUAGUGUGACCACCAAGACCUACAACUCCACGGAGUCCACACCUAGGAAUAUAACCCCCAAUCCCUAUAAUGAUCAAACCUUCAUCAGCCAAACCCCUUCUGGAGGUCCCCUGGCGGCUGCCUCGAAAAUGGUUCCCGUGCCGGAGACUUUGAUGAGUCCUGAUGUCUGUCCCGCCGCCGUUGCCCAAAGGAUGACUGUCGUGGGGGCUAUGAACUCGCAGCAGUUGCUCCACAAAUCUAAAGUCAACAAAAACAAAGACAACAAACUAAACUUACCGAGGGUUCAAAGUCCUCAGUUAAAAAGGAACCAAAGUCCCGCCAAUAGUCCGCGGAAGGUGGCUGGUAAAUCUAACCAAGAGAAGAUGCAGCAAGAGAAGCUACAGACAUCCACGAUAAUGGUAGAUGCCGGCGGUUUUAGCACUGACGACGAUGGCGGGGAACAGAUUAAUACAGAAAAGUUAAAGGCCAUCCGGAAGAUGGCAGCCCAAAAGCAACAGCAACAGCAGCAGCAGCAGAUGAUGGUAUAUCAGGAGAAGAUCAACGGAGCCAGCCAGAACUGUGCGGAACGUUUAAGCGAACACGUGACCGAGUCCUCGGCUGUGACCAUCCAAAAGAUGUGGCGUGGCUAUCAUACGCGCAAGAAGACCAACAAGGAUAUAGCCGAGAGACUGCAGAGACGACGCACGCAGGAAUACAUACAGCAACUUAGCGAAGACAUGCGCCUGACCAAGGCGCAUCUUGUAAAGGAGCGCGAGAUCCAGCAGCUGCAGAUGCAGGCCAUCAGUGCGCUGUGGAAGAAGGUGUCCACCAUGGAGGUUGUUUCGAAGGGAAUACCCGCCGCUGAUCAGAAGGAGGGCGAGCAGGACUCCAAUGGUGGUGGAUCCAGCUCCUCUGGCCACAUGAGUCUUGAUCCAAACUCGGCCUCGGUGGUUAAUGAUCUGGCCAAGCGUUGCACCAUGCUCACCGAUCAGGUGCAAAUAUUACAGAGCUCCAUUGGCACCAUUGUCAAUUGCCUGACCAUGGUGUGCAAUCUGCCCCAGGAUGCGAUCAAGAAGCAGGCCGAGAUCAUCGAUUGCAGCUCCACUCAAACGGAUUUGAUAGCUGUGCACACGCCGCAGAUAGAGGACCUCACCAACUUUCCCUUCACGAAACCAAGACCCUCAACAUUGGCCCUGGAAUCCAAGCACGAAACAAUGAGCGUCAAAAUCGAGGAACUCAACAAUGAGGUGGAACUGAAGAAGAACAACGAGCCAUCUCAACUCGAAUCCGAUGCAUAGAAGAGAACAAAUUCCAAUUAAGAAACGAUGAAACGCUUUAAGGAUCCGAUCUCGGCGCUAAUUAAUUACUUCAUGUGUAGGCUUUUUGUGUAGCUUUUGCAACAAUUUUUAGAGCUCAGUUGUGUUGAAACUUAACAGUAGCACCAGCAAGCAGA